AGACACAAUCUAAGCAGCAGCAGCAGUAGCAGCAGCUGUAACUGCCUUCCCACCGCCUCAGACGUGCUAUGCCUACCAGAGAGGGGGGAGUACUUCUAUCAACAAGCCAAUAGCUCUGACAGGAAUUUUUCAUUACACACUUGUUAAGCAAGGAGGUGGGGGAGCGCUGAUGUCAUUAGCAGGGGUGUGUGAGUGCAUCAGCAGCCAUGUCACAUGCUGCUAGGUGGGUCAGUGAUGCAGACGGAGAUGCAUGGCAGUUGCACCAGGCACAGAAGCAGCAGAGUCGGAAUUGGCUGCAGUGGGCAGUAGAAGGAUGCUCUUCCCCAACUGUGGUGGCAUGCCCGGUUCCCAGGAGAUGUCAUCCAGGGGCUCACCCGGUGUCAACGACCUGGGCCUGGGCCUCCAGUCUCUACGUUUGUCCGGCUGGGACAGACCCUGGAGCAACCAGGAGACGGAAUUGCAUUCCAUUUCCUCUCCCUCCCAGGUUGACACCAGCUCACCCUCCAUGCUUGGUAUACUGAACAGUCCCUUAAGUAGCAUCCUUGGGAAGCCACCAGGCUACCUGCCGCCGGAGUCGUUGAACAUGACUGCCGAUUUCCUGGAGAAUUUCCCCAGCAUGGCUCGCAUGGCAAACCGACUGGACUCGAGCUCUUUUUUGGACUCUCGCUCCAGCAGUCCUGAAGACUCUGAGACUAGUGGCUUCAGCUCAGGCUCAGACCACCUCUGUGAUAUGCUGUCAACCUUGCGGAUUUCCCCUCCCCUGCCUUAUCUCGCAUCAAGCAUGCAGAAGGAUCUGCUGCGUAUGAGCUCUCGUCUGGACCCCCAGGACUCCAGCUCUCCACUCACCCCUCCAUCCAGUGCCAGUCCCUCCUCUGUUGCCAUUUCUCACCGCUGGCGUUCUGGCUCUCCAUGGCCUGGUGCUGAUGUGCUCGACCAGUCAGAUGAUGCGUUCAGCAUUGAGAGGGAAGCCCGCUUGCACAGACAGGCUGCGGCCGUUAAUGAGGCCACAUUCACCUGGAGUGGUCAGCUGCCUCCAAGAAGUAAUAAGGACCCUCUGUAUUCCUGCAAGGUCUUCCUUGGUGGCGUUCCCUGGGACAUCACAGAAGCUGGUCUGAUCAACACCUUCAGUGGUUAUGGUCCACUUACUGUGGAGUGGCCGGGUAAGGAUGGAAAGCACCCUCGCUGUCCUCCCAAAGGUAAUGUGGCCAAAGGUUACGUGUACCUGAUUUUUGACAACGAGAAGUCUGUACGGGCAUUGCUCCAUGCCUGUUCCCAAGAUCCUUUUCACCCGGAGGACAACAGGGAGUACUAUUUCAAGAUGUCCAGCCGCAGAAUGAGAUGCAAAGAUGUGCAGGUCAUUCCCUGGGUGAUCUCUGACAGUAACUACGUGCGCUGCCCUGCCCAGCGCCUGGACCCCAGCAAGACAGUGUUUGUUGGUGCGCUGCAUGGCAUGCUGAACGCUGAGGCACUGGCCAACAUCAUGAAUGACCUGUUCGGAGGAGUGAUGUAUGCUGGCAUCGACACGGACAAGCACAAGUACCCCAUAGGCUCUGGACGUGUCACUUUUAACAAUCAGCGCAGUUAUCUGAAGGCUGUGUGUGCAGCAUUUGUGGAGAUUAAAACACCCAAGUUUACAAAGAAGGUCCAGAUUGACCCUUAUCUGGAAGACUCCAUGUGUCAAGUUUGCCUUCGCCAACCAGGACCUUUCUUCUGCAGAGACCAGGCCUGCUUCAAGUACUACUGCCGCUCUUGCUGGCACUGGCAGCACUCCAUGGACAUCUUGAGCAACCACCGGCCCCUCAUGCGCAACCAGAAGAACAGAGAUUCCAGCUAGAGCAGAUGGAUCCAAACACUCUGAAGGGCCAGAGGAGGAGGAGCCCCUCUGUAAGGGGCACGGCUGCCCGCCAAGGAGAGCACGAGUGCCAGACCUCCCUCAGUACGAGGGCACAUGGCACUCCACCAGGCACUGGGGAUCUCACUGUAGAAAAUGUUCACUUUUGCACUUGCUACAUUUUUGCUGUUGUUCACAGUGGCACUAUGCACAGUGACCUUAUUGGGAGAGACGAGGGGGCCCUUCACACUUAUGCAUUUUCCCAGACUUGUGGCCAGACAGAAAUAUAUGGGAGUCAGCCCAAAGUUAAGAAGUGGAUGAAAAUGCCAUUUCUUUUUUUUUCCUUUUUUUUCUUUCCUUUUUUUUUUUAUGUGUUGCAUAGUGAAGAGCAAUCACGCAAGUCUCAUUGCCGUUCAUUGGCAAAUGCCAUACAGUGCCUUUAGAUUUUUAUUUUUCCCUGCUUCCCCUACCCCCAGUUGGCAUCCGUUUUUCCUGUGCAAGUCAACUGGUGUUUCUUACUUUUGGGAGUUGAAUGUUGGGCUUCAUUUAACCAGUCGCAUUUCAGACAUUUUUACGCAGUUUUUUACUAAUUUGUACACAAACGGUUUUAAGUCAUGACAUGAAAAUUUUGAACAGAAUUCUACCAGGUGGCUGUUUAUGGGAAAACCCCCCUUUUAUUUUUCUUUUUUUCCUCAUAAUUAUCUGUGGCUAUUUUCUUUUUAAAUUCGCCCUCCCAAAUUUCAACUGAAUGGGCACUAAAUGUUGGAAGUACUACUUUCACUUGCUUUGUUAUAUUAAAUGUAUGUAACAUUAGUACUUGAUAUCAUCAACUGGCAAUCUGUCGUCCCUCAAGCAUCUUGAUGGAUCCUGUUGAUAAGAGUGAAUGAACAUUUGAUCGUACAUAGUUUUGAUUUUUGCACUUUUUAAUUUGCACGUGUGGACAGGUGGCAGUGGUUUUUAAUCACUUUUGUACAUCAGCAGGGGGACACGCCUAUGUUGGAACAGCUGCUUGUUUCCUGUUGAAUGUAAGAACUUCCACUUAGCUGUUGAUAAAUUAUCAAUCUAUCGGAGCUUGAGUAGACCCUAGUAAAUGAUGCCAUGCUUUCUUAUCCCAUUCUGCCUUCCUGUUCUGGUUGGACACGAAUACGUAACAAGCUGUGUGCCAAAGACGAAAUGUCUUUUCUUUAACCAUUAGGUUUGUCAUGCUGAGCUUGUUGUCACGGAGCCCAGCUGCUUUUUAGAGUUUUGAAAGUCUACCUCAUUGUGGUCUGCCAAGUUUGUUGCUACUUACAGUUGUGGAGUAUGUUCAGGUUGGGCACAAUAAAGGUGUUUAAGCAUUA